AUGAAGCUGUUGGUCAAGUCGCUCACAGGAGGGAGUUUCCAUAUCGAUGUAGAAGCAUCUGAUACUGUUGCUACUGUAAAACAAAACAUCCAGGCCUCUAAAGGUCAUCAAGCAGAACACCAAAAGCUUAUCUACGCUGGCAAGAUUCUCAGUGAUGAAAAAACCGUGGGCGAGUAUGAGAUCAAAGAAAAAGAUUUCCUGGUUGUUAUGGUGUCCAAGCCCAAAGCCAAAAAGGUAGAGACGUCAAGUACGCCUGCUGCUCCCGUCGCUACGCCAUCCAAGCCCAGCGAUGAUGCUCCCCAACCAUCUGAGCCUGCUGCUACAUCCACAGCCACCACGGCACCUGACAACGUUGUCGCACCAUCAUCGUCAGAGCCACCAUCUACGCCUGCUCCUUCUUCUGGAACUUUGCAAACAGGUUCAUUCCUUUCCGGCUCUGAGCUCGAGACCGCUGUCAACAGCAUUAUGGAAAUGGGUUUCCCCAAGCAUGACGUGCAGCGUGCGAUGCGCAUGAGUUUCAAUAACCCUGACCGUGCAGUAGAGUACCUUAUGAAUGGUCUUCCCGAGGAGACAGCGCCUCCUCCAGCUACGACAACUGCUGUACCCGCAACGCCCGGUACUCCUUCGCCUACACCUGCGUCAGCUUCUGCUCCGGCCCCGGCACCGCGCUCGGGUAACUUGUUCGAGCAAGCUGCUGCCAUGCAGGCAGGACCACAAAAUGCACCUCAAGAAGACCUGAUUGGUGAAGAGGAUGAGGACGGUCGACAAGUACUUGACCUGGGUAACCCGCAAGUCCUGUCACAGCUGCGUACUCUAAUCGAACAAAACCCAGCUGCUUUACAGCCACUUGUCCAGGCAUUGGUCCAAAGUAACCCACAACUCGCGCAAGCCAUGAGUGCGGACCCUGAGGGAGUGCUCCGUAUGCUAUCGGGCGAGGGUCUGGAAGGUGAGGAAUCCUUUGAGGUGCCGACCCUGCAGCAGCUUACCGAUGAGGACCGCACACAAGUCGAGCAAAUCAUCUCCAUGGGGAUCCCCGAACGGAAAGCGAUCGAGAGCUACUUUAUGUGUGGCCGCAACCUCGAAAUGGCGGUGCAGUACUACUUUGAGAACCCACAAGACUUUGAAGACUAA